GAAUCGUAACGUGGGGGGGUUUAAAAAAAAAAAAAGAAAAAAAGAAAAAACAAGGCGCUUCUUCCUCGCAUUGCGCGUCAUUCAAACAGGACUCAGUGUACUGCUUUUUCCUCUCUGUUGCAUUAGUAAUAACAGCAGCGUUGACGAGAGACAGCAGGAGGAGAGGAGAGUGUGUGUGUGUCUCCCGACAGCGGUGCCCAGCAGAGGAAUACUGAGCUUUUUUUUUUUUCUCUCUCUUUUUUUACCCCCCCUUUUUUUUGCUGGUUAUUUACACCACCGCUUCUUGUCCUGUUGUUUGCUUUUUACCCUCCGCGUUAUGCUGAACUCGGACAGUCACGUGCGAACAUCGCCGCGAGUCUAGAGAGAAGGAGGACGACGACUUCUCACCUGGUGUGUCCCUUUGACUUUUACCGACAGGGAAAUAUUCCUGUUUUUUUUAUGUGUGAGCCGACAUCGCCGGACUCCCAACCCAGCCUGCGAAGAGCAUCAACGACAGCAAGUUUUCUCCCUUAGGGAUGAAAUAUGCACACUCUGCAUCCAUAGAAAGAAGAAGACACACUGUGUGAGGUGAAAAGUGGUUUUAAAUCAUGAUGAUGCAGGAGUCGGCCACAGAGACAAUAAGCAACAGUUCAAUGAGUCAAAAUGGAAUGAGCACCCUAAGCAGCAGCCAAUUAGAGGCUGGCAGUAGAGAUGGGAGAUCAAGCGCUGGUGACACAAGCAGCGAAGUAAGCACAGUCGAGCUGCUGCAUCUGCAACAACAGCAGGCACUACAAGCAGCGAGGCAAUUACUCUUGCAGCAGCCAGGCAGUGGCCUGAAAUCUCCAAAGAGCCAGGACAAGCAGCGUCCACUGCAGGUUCCAGUGUCAGUGGCCAUGAUGAGUCCCCAAGUGAUCACGCCACAACAGAUGCAGCAGAUCCUCCAGCAGCAGGUUCUUUCCCCACAGCAGCUCCAGGCUUUGCUCCAGCAGCAGCAGGCAGUGAUGCUGCAGCAGCAACACCUGCAGGAGUUUUAUAAGAAACAGCAGGAGCAGCUUCAUCUGCAGCUUCUCCAGCAACAGCAUCCCGGCAAGCAGGCUAAAGAGCAACAGCAGCAGCAGCAGCAGCAGCAGCAGCUGGCCGCCCAGCAGCUCGUCUUCCAGCAGCAGCUCCUGCAGAUGCAGCAGCUCCAGCAGCAGCAGCACCUGCUUAACAUGCAGCGGCAGGGCCUGCUCUCGCUGCCCGGGCCCGCUCCAGGCCAGGCCGCCCUGCCCGGACAGACCCUGCCCCCACCAGGUGGCCUGAGCCCCGCAGAACUCCAGCAGCUGUGGAAGGACGUGACUGGAGGUGGCGGCGGCGGUCACACCAUGGAGGACAACGGCAUCAAACACAGCAGCGGCGGAGGCAGCAUCGGCAGCGCCAACACCGGGACCGGCGUGGUCAGCAGCGGUUUAGACCUCUCCACCAACAACUCCACUUCAACUACCUCCUCCUCCAAUCCUGCCAAAGCAUCGCCGCCCAUAUCGCACCACGCCAUCACCAACGGACAGUCGCCCAUCCUCAACCACAGACGAGAGCGGGAAAGGGAGCGCGAGAGCUCACUUCAUGAAGAAAGUGGAGGAACGCACCCCCUGUACGGUCAUGGUGUGUGCAAGUGGCCCGGCUGUGAAAACAUGUGUGAGGACUUUGGACAGUUUUUGAAGCACCUAAACAACGAGCACGCCCUCGAUGACAGAAGCACAGCCCAGUGUAGAGUCCAAAUGCAAGUUGUACAGCAACUUGAAAUACAACUUUCUAAAGAACGUGAGCGUCUUCAGGCGAUGAUGACCCACUUGCACAUGCGGCCCUCAGAGCCCAAGUCAUCUCCCAAACCACUCAACUUGGUGUCGAGCGUCACCAUGUCGAAGAACCUGCCCUCGACGUCGCCCCCAAACUUACCUCAGACCCCCACAACGCCCACAGCCCCCAUCACACCCAUGGCGGCCAUGCCACAGGUGCCGUCAGUACUGGGAGGAGCCAACGUCCCCAGCAUGGGAGCCAUGCGCAGGCGCCACUCGGACAAAUACUCCAUGCCUUUGUCGUCGGGUGGUGACACAGUAUUUAUUUUUCCAGAGAUUGCCCCAAACUACGAGUUUUAUAAGAAUGCAGAUGUUAGGCCGCCAUUCACUUACGCAACCCUCAUAAGACAGGCUAUCAUGGACUCUGCCGACAUGCAGCUAACGCUUAACGAAAUCUACAGCUGGUUCACGCGCACGUUCGCGUACUUCCGGCGCAACGCUGCAACCUGGAAGAACGCCGUUCGCCACAACCUGAGUCUUCACAAGUGCUUUGUGCGCGUCGAAAACGUGAAGGGGGCGGUGUGGACGGUGGACGAGGUGGAGUACCAGAAACGCAGGUCGCAGAAGAUCACAGGAAGUCCAUCUCUCGUGAAGAACCUUCCCUCCAGUCUUGGCUAUGGAACGGCGCUAAACGCCAGCUUACAGGCUGCUCUGGCGGAGACCUCCCUGCCGUUACUGGGGACCCCCGGCCUCAUGAGCAGCGCCGCGGGGCCAAUGGGCGGCAGCUGCCAUGGCCUGCUUGGUGGUGACCCGUCCGGACCGACUGGCGGCAGCCCGCCCGGACUGUUGGGAGGGAGUCCGCCGGGUUUGUUGGGGAUCAGCCCGCCAGGAACGCUGAGCUGCAGCCCCCCGACCAUGUUGCAGUCUGCCCACGAGGAGCUCAAUGGCUCACUCGACCACCUGGACACCAACGGACACAGCAGUCCUGGAUAUUCCCCUUCAGUACACAUGCCACCUGUUCAUGUGAAAGAGGAGCCGCUCCUCAUGGAUGACGACGACUGUCCGAUGUCACUCGUGACGACGGCCAAUCACAGUCCGGAACUUGAUGAUGACCGGGAGCUGGAGGAAGGGAACCUAUCGGAAGACCUGGAGUGACUAGGAUACGAUUUUUGGUCAAUGUGUCCCACCAUUCUACCGCACUGUUUCUCUUACACAGACCUCCAAGGCUAGAAAACCACUCCACCGUCCAAGAACCCACAGCUGACUCUCUUUCUCACCACUGGGACUAUUUAUUGAGCAUGUAUCCGGAUAGAGACCAGUCCAGAGGAACUCUUUGUUGCAGACCUUUUGGAUUCCCCAAACAUGACAGACAUGAGAUGUCUGUUGUAAAAAGAAGAACAAGAAGAAAAAGAAACUCUCUGAGACCUGUUAUAUGUGGGGGGUGGCGUGGCCACAUACAGUGAAAGGAUGAUGGACUCAUGGAUGGGGGAGAAAACAUGAGACAAAUAAGCAAAUCAUGUUCUGUUGAAAGCUCGCGGCCUCCUAUACUGCCAAAAAAGGAAGACGUUUUAUGUUUGUGAAUAACCCAACCCACAGUAGUUGUUGAUGUCUAGAGACAAUUGCUGGUUCAAUUCAAAUUGUUGCUCUGUUAUCAUUUGCACAGGAGUAGUCUUGGAAAAUUGUGUCACUGCCUGUAUGUUGCUACUAUUAUUAAAAUCAGCAUAUUAUUUUUAGCUUUUUUUUUUUAUUUUUCUUAUUUUUUAUUUUUACCAUUGUUAAUUUCCAGAUCUGACUUAUAGACACCACCAACUGUAAAUGCCAUCCCUCGAAUCACAACUGCAGUACCAAGACUGUUUUCGCAACUGUUCUGAGAAAAAAAAACAAAGAAAGAAAAAAAAAACAAGGGAAAAAAAGUUGGCUUCCAGUCUGUUAUGUGUUUGUGAUUAAAAGUCUAAAACGAAGUUGGAGAAAUAAUAACAGUUUGUGUAAAAAAAAAAAAAAAAAGGCAUUUACAAAAACGAAUGCAUUUCUGCGCAACUUUCCUCUUGCUCUUCUUACCUCGGCGUUCUAAAGCUUUGUCUACCUGCAAACAGUGACAGGCAACAGCUAAAAACCAAAGCCAAACUCUAGCAAUGGCCAAUAGCUUACAGGCAGAAGCCACCAAACUCCUCUUUUUGGUCUCACCUUCUGUGACUUUAAACUAGUUCAAAGAGAAGCUUUUUUUUCUGUCCACAAACUACCUUGGUAAAACCUCUGGGAUUGUUUCAUUUAGCCCUAUACAAAGAUGGUCAGAGCAGAAACGAGUGUUGAUUCUUUAUGUGUAAUUUGGGAACUCAUAAAAAAAACAUGUCUACUCCGGUUACCUUCUGCCAGUCUGUGAAAUAACCAUAAAAGUGGACCAUGACCAAAAUAAAACAUUUGUGUAUUCAAUAGAAGUGCAAAAACAUCUUGAUGUUGUGAAGGUUAUGUUAAUUUUUUUUUUUUUUUUGUUAUGCAUUACACAUUGAAACUCAUUGUUGUUUUUUUUUGUAUACAAACCUGUUGGAUACCAUUUUGUUUUAGGUGGAACCGUCCGAAUGCGUUCACGCCUUUACUUCCGUGGCGGUUUUUGUUCUGAGCUGCGUCAAAACGAAAGAAAAAAAAAAACAAAAACUGAAAACACUACUAACCAAACAUGAAAACUAUCUAGUGAAGCCAAAUAAGUCAUAAUUUCAAGUUAAUAUGAAAUAAUGUGGCUUGGUUAGCAUCGGAAAGCAAACAGUGAUAGCCAUUGUGGAAGGGGAAAAUCUAAGGUAACCUUUUCUAGGUGAGAUUUGCUUUAACUUCAUCCAGCUCUCAUUAUGUGGGUUACGGAUUUGAAACUUUACAGGUUUAUACACACAAGUGUAAUCUGGAAAGGUGGUCAGCUUUUUAUGAUACACUUUGUACUUAUAGAAGAAGAAGUACUUCCUGUUGUUUUCCUCCUCUAAGCCUGCAUUGAGUGCUGGUCAUUUCACCCCUUCACCAUUUCGUACUUUUGCAGUUUCGAUCGUUUCGCACCACGACUUUUUCAGGACCAAAAUGGUUCCAUCGCUGGUGGAAAUUUUGUAUCGACCAUACACCGAUUUGUAUCCACUUUGAUAACCAAACGUUAUUUUAUUUAAUUUACUCAUAGUCUGCUGUAAGGAAGUGAGGUUAUUUGACUCCAGUGUCUACCAGCAGGAGGUUGCAUUUUAUGGGUCAACUUUCAAAAUGCUGACACAACCACAAACAAUGGGAAAAGAAUGCAAUUGAAUCAAAUUACAAGUGAGAGUUGACACUUUUUAACCAUUUUAUGUUCACACUUUAUGGAAUUUACUGAACAAUAACUGAAAAUAAACUCAUCCAUCCAUGAACUUUGUUGCCACAAUGUUGGUAGGCAGAGUUGCUUUAGACAUGACGGGGAGGGUUUUUUUUUUUUUACACAUCUUGCAAUGGUUAUUUCAAUUUUGGGAUAAAGGAUGUUCCAAUUAUAAAGGCAGUUCAACAAAGUCCACUUUUUACUACAUCCUAACAGUCAGGACAUGUAAAAGACCCCAAACGGAGAAGUUAAGCUCGAGUUUGGCUUGGAAUUCAUUGUUUUAUUUUUAUCCAAAUAGCAGUUUAGUUUCUAUUUGAUCGUCUGGAAGCCAUAGUGAUUGUGAUGGCCUAGUGCUGAGCUUGCCUAUCAAAAUGGCGGUCCACGUCCGGUUCAGACAUGCCGUAACUAUGUAUUGAAAAGGGGAGACAGGAGAGUUAGGAAUGACAAUGUGUUGGUACGAAAUGGUAAAGGGGAAAAGUGACUCCCAAAGUGUUGUUGCUUUAAUGGUCAUUUCUGUUUUCAGUAAACCAAAGUUACACAAAAUUCUGCCUCCUCUUGAAUGGGAUAAGCCGUAAAACUCACACUCAUGCCCUGUUCGAGUCUGGCAUGAAGACAUACAGAGACCAGGUGGUCAGCUUUACCGUCUUUCACAUACAUAAUGGCUUUUUAAACGAGUGACGCGUUAAGCUUCGUUCUGAACCAAAAUCUGAACCGCACUGUGCGUCCGUUGCUUUUGAGUUGCCAGGGCCAGAGCUGAAAACACACACUGUACAAAAGCACUGCUUGUAGGCACAUCCUCACGCCCCCGAGAGCCGGUGCCGCGUCGAGAGGCCAGGAGUCACAAUGCCGACUCCUGAGGGAGGGAUAGAAAUGACAUUCUUAAUAAUCUUAUUCACACCAAAUAAAAAGGGCGCUUCGUCUUUCAUUUUAAAGGAAAAAAACAAAAAAAAGGUUCUCCCACUUAUCACCCCCACAUCCCCCAAAAAUGGCUUUCCAAAAGCUUCUACCUCUGCACAACAACUUCAGAACAACCCCAACAGAUUGCACGAGUUUCGAGAGCUGUCCCACUUUCCCCACUGCUUGUCUUUCAUAGGAUGUGGCUCAAAACCAACGUUUACAUUCCCUGCGUCAGGAUAUACGGAGGAGUCGCAUUGUGAUAGGUUGUCUGCAAACAUUUGUAGAAUGAUAAUGUAUAGAUUACCUGUAAGGGGAAUAUUGUGUUUUUAAAAAUGCAUGUCUAAAAAUCAUUUGGUGGACUGGAAACAAAAAGAAAUACAACAAAACUCAUCGGGACGAUGGCCUACGUGUUGCAAUGCAUAGGAGUGCAUUACCUCAGAGGGAUAAAACCUGUCAGCCACAGAAUGCAUAUUACCUGUAGAUUUGCAUGGGUUUUGUACAAAUUAAGCAAAAUUAAAAAAAAAAUGUCUAAAAUAGUUGCUUGCACAUAAUACCAGAAAGACCUCCAGAACUGCGAUCUGCUCCUCCACUAGAUUUUAGGAUUGUCUGGAUUUUCUGGGUUGAUUUUUGUCUGUAUUUUGAUAACUGUGCAUACUUAUGUAAAAAGGAAAAAAGAAAAAAAAAUGUCGGUGGACCCAUGAAAUUUACCAGACUUUUUUCUAAGAGGGGAAAAAAAAGAGAGUUCUGUGUUUCUUUUCUGACUUACCUGAAUUUUUACUGUUUCUCUCUCAUUGCUCGCUAAGAAUAGCAAACCUGCUUUUUCUGCAUCUGCUUUGCGUAGCUGUAAGGCUUUAACCUAAUGUGUGUAUUUAUUGCUUGUACCUCUGUGCAUACUUUAUGAAGCAUUAUGUCUGGCAGUUGAGUCAUGUAUCCUUUCUACUGCUAUCCUUCUCUAAUAAUUGAGAAUAUGAUCCCCCCCUAUGUAUACAGUAAAUUGGGACUGUAGCAAACAUAUGUUUAUGUAAUUGGUGAUUUUUUUGUUCUUAUUCUCUUUUACUUUAAUCGAGAUUCAACAACCCUUUUUUUUAUACUUCUCAUUCCUGUGUACUGUGUCCAUAUGUUAAAGGUUCCCUGACAUUAGAAGGUCAUGGUUGAGAAUUGUAACAGACAUUAUUUUCUGUAUUCAUGGCAUUUCACUGCUGAAUAAAAUAAAGGACCAAAACUUGGAAUUUGAAAAAGCAA